AUGGCAGCGACGGCAGUAGCUAGUGGAGGAACGACAGGAGGCGCGAGUAGCGGAAUGACGCCGUCAUAUCCGAUGGCAUCGUUAUACGUCGGGGAUUUGCAUCCGGAUGUGACCGAGGCAAUGCUCUUCGAGAAGUUCAGCUCAGCUGGACCGGUGCUUUCGAUUCGAGUGUGUCGAGAUGCGAUCACAAGACGUUCACUCGGAUAUGCUUACGUUAACUUUCAACAACCCGCUGAUGCUGAACGUGCAUUGGACACGAUGAAUUUCGAUGUGAUGUAUGGUAAACCGAUCCGUAUAAUGUGGUCGCAACGAGAUCCGUCAAUGCGUAGAUCGGGUGCGGGUAAUAUCUUCAUCAAGAAUCUGGAUAAAAGUAUCGAUAAUAAGGCAAUCUAUGACACGUUCUCUAUGUUCGGCAAUAUUCUGAGUUGUAAAGUGGCGAACGAUGAGGAAUCGAACAGCAAAGGCUAUGGUUUCGUGCAUUUCGAAACUGAAGAGGCUGCACAAAAGGCGAUUGAAAAAGUCAACGGAAUGUUGUUGGAGGUGGAUUGUUUUCGUUACUAUGUGGGUAAAUUUCAACCUCGCGCAGCGAGAAUGCGAGAAAUGGGUGAGACUGCACGUCGUUUCACGAAUGUCUUCAUCAAGAAUUUUGCCGACGAAUUAGAUAAAGAAAAAUUGGAGAAACUGUUCGCGAAAUUCGGUAAGAUCACAUCUUGUGCGGUGAUGAGCGAUGGAGAGGGAAAGUCAAAAGGCUUCGGAUUCGUUGCUUUCGAAAAUCCGGAAGAUGCUGAGAAGGUGGUGACAUUUUUUAGUUGGUUUUGA